CAGCUAAAUAAAGCUGUGUGUUGUGAAAAAGACGAAGCAGAUAGUAUUCGCUAUUUGUCAGUGUUUUAGCUAAGAUGAUGUUAAAUUCAAUAGGUCUGGUCCUUCUGCUGCAGUCAGUUAUAUUGGUGAAUGGUCUUUUUGAAGGAUGUGGUUCCGAUUAUAAUAUUAAUUCAAGCAGGGAUAUAAAUCUUUUAUCGCCAAACUAUCCAAACAAAUAUAAACCAGGAACAUCGUGUAAAUAUACUUUUACAGCCCCGACGGGUUAUGGAGUAGUAUUAACGUGCACUAUUAAAAUUUACAAAGAUAGUUCACAAUGUACCACGGACCAAGUAUUAGUAUCUACAGAUAAUGAUGCACAACUCAGAGGAGCAAAUAGUUAUUGUGGAUCAGGAACUUUUACAAAAGAGUCUGAAUACCAACAAAUUGCUCUAGCUUUAAUAUCAAAUUCCAAUUCAGUUAAUGGAGGAACAUUUAAUUGCACCGUAUCUGUUAAACCUCAAGCUUGCGAUUGUGGUUGGUCACAACGUGGCAGAAUUGUUGGAGGAACAGCUGCUAAUCCAACUGAAUAUCCUGCUAUGGUGGCUAUUGGUGUAAAAAGUUCAAGUCAAAUAUUCUGUGGUGGAACAAUCAUCAAUUCUCGAACUAUUCUAACGGCAACUCAUUGCACAAAGACAGAUAAUAACCCAAACAAUCUUUUUAUACUUACUGGUUAUACGUAUUUGUCUUCAACUUCUGACUCUGCAUAUUCAAAAACAUACCUUAUAUCCAGAAUCAUUGAACAUCCUUAUUACAAUCCGACGACAGAUGUUAACGAUAUUGCAUUGUUGAUAACGACCAUGGAUAUAAACUUUUCCAGAGGAUGUGGACCGGUUUGCUUGUCAUCUGAUGUUUCAAUAAAUUUGGACUAUCGUAAAGUGGAUAUUUGUGGUUGGGGCACAACUUCAUUUGGUGGUUCCACAUCAAAAAGUCUGCUGAAAGCAACACUUUCUGUCAUAACAUAUCAAGUUUGCCAACAAUACUAUAAUCAAGUAGAAAACUCCCAAAUUUGCACAUAUGGAGAUGGGAAAGAUGCUUGUCAACUAGAUUCUGGUGGUCCAGUUUUUUUUAAGGCACCAGACAGAAUGUUCCAAGUUGGUAUAAUUAUUGGUGGAAAUGGAUGUGGAGGUUCAUACCCAGGAAUGAAUACAAGAAUUGCAUCGCAUAUGAAUUGGAUACGGUCAAAUGUUGUAGGACCCUUAUGCGUUAAGUCACUCUCUUAAGAAUGUUGACUUUACAGAAAUAUUUACUUAAAUUUAAUACUUUGAUUGCUUACAUUUUUGAGUCUAAUAUACAAAAUUUACUGAAAUUUAAAUAUAUUUGUACUAAAAAUCAAGGACGUAUUCCUCAAUUUAAAGUUUCAGUUUAUUGUAAUGAUAUUUCUUUCUUUUUCUUAUUUAUUAUUUUUAUUAUUUUAUGUAUUUAUUUUCUUUCUUACUUCUUAAAAAUGAAACAAAACACAAAAAAGUGAUUACUCAUCAUAAAAAUAAUAAUGGUGAUAUAAUAA